AUGACAUCUGUUAUUGGUGCGGAUGCUCACUAUUACGGAUCAAGCACUUUUACCUUGCAAGCAACCCUUGCAUGCCCAGAGGUUUUGAAAAGGGGGGCUUCCAAAUCGCAGCCAGCUGAUGUCACGAAAGGCAUGACUGAUAUGAAACAGAACCUACGAGACCUCACUCUUGUUCCAAAGGCUGCUGAAGCCUCCCCUCCCCCAUCGCCAUUUCAUGAUGCUCCUCUCGAGCUACGAGGCUGGCUGAAGGGUCUGGAUGAUUGUCUUCCUGGCGAAGUGUAUGAGAAAGUUCUUGACUCCGAAAGUCAGUCAUGGAUGGAGGAAAACUUUGAGAAUGUAUCUGAAGCAGUUUGUGGUCACUGGGAAUUUCUCAAAGACAAAGUAAUUGUUACAAUUCCUUGUGUCACCCACGAUUCCACACUAGAUACCAUUGCAGCAGCAUUACAUGCUAACUGGCAUGCCACCAUCGGAUUGAGGAUCCUAGCUGGCACUCAUAUCCCUCUCUCUGAAGGCCAUUGGAAAGGGCCAGAUAUUCUCAUAUUUGACCGGGGACUGAAUUGGGAGGACCCGAAAAAUCUUCCAAUCAAUUACAACUGGCCGGUAGUCGUAUUUGAGGUUGCUUACUCCGAGUUGAAACCCAGAGUCAACAAGGAUAUCCUUAGACUCAUGUUCGGCAUGCAUGGCAGAGCACUGAUGGGCAUAGCCAUCAAGUUGAAGUACGAUGAUGAAAGGCUCAUCAGCAUCGAGAUCUUUGUGUAUUAUUUCUCAGGAGAAGGCGACUUCUUUCCUGAAGAAGCGGAGCCAUUUAGUGCCAGUGAAAUCUACGUCAACCAGGACAGGAAAUGUUCCAAAGAAGACCUUGUAAUCCCACCCGAUUUUUUGAAGCAUGUACCUGAUGGAAUGAAAAUGGUUAUAUCUGCCGACAGCCUCUGGUCCGAUCUCAAAAAGGGAUACCAAAUGACCGGAUACUUCAAUUCAGUUUUCGAGCAUUUCAAGAAAGAUGAUAUGCCUGGUGACGAGUUAAAAAUCACCUGCAAACGACAGGGAUUGCAUGAUGGGGAUGUUCACGGGAGUGAUGAAAGUGAAGAGCAGGUGAAGAAGAAGGGAAAGCACCAUUAG